AUGUGUUUAGUUUUAUUAGGAAGUGAGGCAGCAGGAUGGGCUCCUGGCCCAUCUUCCUUCUCCUGGUGCGUCAAGCCCACCACUCCUUCUUCCUACGUCACCUCCUGUACGAACCAGGGGAUCACCAUUGAUCUCCUAUGUGCGUGCCCGAGCCUCGCGACCCCGCUGCCUCGCGCUCUAGGCGAAGGCCGGUGGAGCGACCCCGCGCUGCGUGGAGCUGCUCCAGGUCAGCUCCUCCCGAUUGAUCUGAUGCUUGGGGCGGCAGGCAACUCCGCGCCACCAGUAGCAGCACCAGGCGCCGGAGCCGCGUCCUCCUUUGUUGUGUUCGCGCCGCAGCGGCAGCACGACCCGAGCCCAGUUGCAGGUGUCCCGUUCCUCUCUCUUCUCCUCCCUCUCUGUCUUUCCUUCUCCUUAUUUCUCUCCCUCUUCUCUCUGCUUGACGAGGAGACCGAUCCAUGGAGAGGCCAGUGCAGCCCCGUCCUUGGAGCUUCACCUUCGUGGGAGGAAGUUGCAGCCUCGCCUCCAACCAGGGACACCAUCCAUGCCAUUCCCAACCAGCAAGUUCCCAGCGCCACCCUCCUUCCCGGUCUUCCUCGCCCGCCUCUGAAUCCGAUGGCCGCUGAACUCUGAACCCCGAUGUGAGCAACCCCCAGUUCGCAAGCGUGUCAGAAUGUGAGGACCCGUUCGACUAUGUUGGUUCGCCGGCUCCACGGAGUUGUUCUUAUUCCAAGCGAGAUCUCAGGCAAGAUGACCAUUUCCCCAGAUACUAUUACUAUGAUUAGCACGCUAGUUUUAUCGCUUCUAUCGAUUAUGUCUCGUUGCCUACCACAUGUUAAAUAUCAGCCUCUCUACAAUGCCAUGAUAACCUUCAACCUGUUCGACCUAGCAAACCACUGA